AUGGACGCACAAAUGCUAGAGGUGACGAUUAUAUCUGCGGAUGGUCUGAAAAACGUAAGAAAGUUUGGGGGAAGAAUGCGCACUUAUGCCGUUGUAUGCGGCAACGACGAUGCUAAUUCGGGUACAUCUACGCGGAUUGAAAAAGAUGGUGGGUGUAAUCCUGUUUGGAAUGAGAAGUUGCAGCUCAGGUUUAGCAGUGGAUUGCAUGUUUAUUCUCUAAACAUUCAAAUCUAUUGCAAGACAAGCUUUGGAAAGCGAGUAGUGGGAUGGAGCAAAGUUCCCUUGUCUGACAUAACUUUGGGUUAUGGAGCACCCAACGGUUUACGUUACCUGAGCUAUCGAUUGAGGACAAAGAAUGGAAAUCGCAGUGGUACCAUCGAUCUCUCACUGCGGAUUUUGACACAGCCUAAUUACCGCCCUCAGUUGUUUAAUCCUUCCAUUUCAAAGUUUCCAGGCCAAGGAAGUUAUCAAAACAGUCAUCCUUUCUCAAACGGAAUGUUGGCACCUGGGCGUCAACAGUUGCACCAAAGCACAGAAGUGAAUUCGAAUAUGGUUGGAGUGCCACCGACGUGGAUGGGUUACCCUCACACUCACAGUCACUCAUCUGCUCCAUCGUCCAUUUAUCCACCGCCACAAUAUCAGAAUUUAUUAGAGUUUACCCUAGUUUUGGAUGAAUUUUUGGACGAGUCUAUUCUGGCUCCAAAACGGCACUGUCCUACAAAUACAAACGACAUGCAUCCAGAGUCCAUUGACAUACAUCCCUCCCAUGUCCUCUCAUGA